UUGGACCUGUGUGCCUUACUUCUCAUUAGGUCUAUGUAGGACUGGAUGGCACACCUGUACCUGGUUUUUGUUUUAAAUGUAAUUAAAUUUUAUUAAAUUAAAAUAUCAAAAUAUCAGUUAUUUUUAUUCUUUUCACAGUGUGACAAUGCUUCUGUUAUUACAAUCAUAAUCACAUACAAUCAUAUGCAACCGUAUACAUCAAUGUAAUCUUUUCAUAUCAUUGUGUUACUGCUCAGAUAAAUCAAGUCAGUUUUUGGUAUACUGAGAAGUUUGUACUAUUAUUACACUUCUUUUUAGGCUGUGUUGGAUUUUUUUAUCUAUUGCGUAUCUGCAUUUCUCUUUUCUGCCAUAUAAUUGUCACUUCUAAUCUUAUCAUACUCUUUAUUCUCUUGUAUUUUACUACAUCUUUCUUAAAUAUUCUUUCCUUUUAUCUUUUCUAUUCCAUUUUUAAUUAGCAGAGUCCAUCAUUUCUUUUAAUUUGAUUAGCAAUCCUUUAGUGUUGAUAUCAAAUACAUGUUUUUCUUGGGGGUAUCAGUCAGUACAUUUUCUUUCCAGUUACCUUAACUUUGAUAAUAGUCUUGUUGUGUAGGACUUUAGAACUGGAAAAAUACAGAGUUGCAUGAGCCCAUUAGGCUUGUUGUGCUCUGUAAAGGUGAAUGUAGUUUGAUGUUUCUUGAUGUGAUUUCAAACACAAGACAGAACUUUUCUGAUACUACCCUAAGCUUUACUUUUUCAAUUUGUAGUGUGACACCAUACUUUUUAGUGCAUCUUUUUAGCAGCUGCCAGUUGUGGUUUAUUUAGAAACUUACAGGGUUGGAAAGGACUCGGAUGAUUCCUGAUGCCCUAAAAAGGGAGCGCAAGGCCCCUACAAAGUGAGGAGGAAGAUUGAAAGUGUAAUUGAUGGGGAGACAGUGGUCACAAAGAUUGUUUGGUCAAUUUGUGAUCUCAAAAAAAAAAAAAAAAAAAGGCCAAAGUUGUUAAGCAAUUAAUUCUGGGGGUGGGGUGAAAAAUAGUUGUGGAUUUUAAUAAUUUGUUUCUUGAUAUAACUUCAAAGGACAUAUCGCACUUGCAUAGGAACAUUAUUCAUUGUAUUUUUUACUGAUCAAAGAUGCUUAAGCUACUUAAACAAAAUUAUUGUCUUACAGGUAAUGAUAUCUGUCUUCGCUAUUCUGCCUUUAAGAUAGGAUUUGCUAGAAAUUUGGGGCAGAACUUCUGUUUUGCUACCCAGACUCCUCUUAAAAGUAUAUGAAUAGUUCACCUCUGAAUAUUAUUAAAAUGUCUUUUUUUUUUAAAAAAUCCUUGCAACUGUAAGCAGGGUUCUGCUUAUAUAUUGCACAGAAGCCAUUCACAUAUUAAACAAAAGCCAUUUCCAGGCUGUCUUUGCUUAAGGCAGUUGUAGCCUCUGUAGCUAGUACAAACAACUAAUUAAAUUUCAUAAGCACCCAAGACAAGGAAAAGGUAAAAAAAGAAGAAGAAAUAGUUUUUUCAAAAACACCCCACUGUUCCCAGAGGAUAAAUGAUUUGUUGUUUCUUGAUUGUAUUUCUUUACUUGGGCUUCAUAGGGACAAAAAAAGAACAAGACUUCUCAUAAAACAACACAGAAAGCUUCUGUCUGGAAAGGACUUGAUAGUUAAGGGAAAAAAUAGCUCUAAACUAGGUAUGUUGGUCUAUUUAUAAAGGUCAGAACUGAUGCUUGGGAAUAUGCUGCAAAUCAGAACCUCUGCUCCCCCCCCCCCCCCCUUGGACUAUAAUGGAGGGGAAAGUUCGAGUCGCAGCGUGGAGAAGCGGGCAGCUGAGGAAGAAGCUGAAGACUUCUCAACAAAGCCAGCUCCUGCCAAAAUGUCCAAGUUUGGGUUUGCAAUUGGCACACAGAUUGCAAAGAAACCACCUGCAAUAUCCAUCAAACUUGGAGCAAAUAAGCCUAAAGAGCCUACUCCCACAUUAGCUCCAAAAACACUUUCUGUAGCAGCAGUCUUCAAUGAAGAUGACGAUAGUGAGCCUGAAGAGAUGCCUCCAGAAGCUAAAAUGCGUAUGAAAAACAUUGGAAGGGAUACGCCAACUUCAGCAGGACCAAAUUCUUUCAACAAAGGAAAGCAUGGGUUUUCGGACAACCAGAAGUUAUGGGAAAGGAACAUGAAAUCCCACCUUGGAAAUGUCCGUGAACAAGAUGAUGAUUAGUUCUGUACUGAGAUCUAUGGUGUUGGGGAAACCAGGAGGGUAUGAUAUUAAAGGAACAGUUUCCUUUUUUAGAGUGGUCUAAGGCUAUUUUGGGUACCACUUUUAAAAGUUUCAAGUGGUGCACAAAAAUGAGUUUAAAAGUAGAGGUAAUUUAUGUUUUGUAUACAGAUUUCAAAGCAUUUGCUAAUUUUGUAGCUUUGUGCGUUUAAUUUCACAAGGUUAUGUAAAAUAAAGACAUUGGAAGUGGUACCUUUUUAAAGAAUUUUCUUUUACAACUAUGCUUAUAAUGAAGACAGAGAAAAGGUUACUGUCUCUUUAAUCAGUUUUAGUUAAAAGCUGCUGCACUCAACUUUCCAGCUCCUCCUCUGUAAUAAGUGAGUUGCUUGUCUCCUUAAGGCUAUUUUCAUAGAGGGAGAACACUGUGUAUAAGUCAAGUCUUACUAGACUACUUCCAAUUCUAGUCAGCAUAAAACCUGUAAACUAGACUACUGUAAAAUCAUUUAGUACAUUUAAGCCUUCAUAAUCUAAAAACUUCUGGCUGUGGUAUUUUAGCUCUAUAAUCCUGUUUUCAAAAUUUGUGUAACCUCUGUAGCCUGUUUCACUCCUAGAGGUGGGUCUUGCAUAUGUAUCAAUAUUAGAAAAGAGCAAAGAUUCAUAACAAAGGUAAAUCAGUAUUUUUGAUGUUUUUGUAAUCAAGAGUCUGUCUUGAUGAUUGUUUGUUAAUGUUAUUUUGUCCGUUUGCAACAGAUUCAUGCAGUGAUCAUCAGCACACAAAGACAUUACCAAAAGAAUAACUUAUCAUGUUUUACUUCGGUUUCACUAUACUCUGUAACUCUUUAAGAGGAAUCGAAGCUGCAUACAAAUAGACAUGUAAUUGUUUACUGGGGUGCAAAAAUUAGAAUUGUGCUUCCAUAUUUUGAUAGUUUGAAAUUUUACUUUAGAUGCUAGCCUCACCUUUUCCUUAUAUUUUAAAGUAAGAUGCUGUCAGAUUUAAAGGAAACCGUUCAAUACACAUUAGUAUUGCUAUUAAAUAGUUACUGUUAGAUUGUGAGUAACAUUACAUCUUUAAUCCUGGCUAUUUUACACUUAUUGCUGGAAUACUUUUGGUAAUUCCCUCUUUUAGAAGCAGGGUUUAUGGCAGAGGGUGUCAAAUCUAUUAGCGCUAAUGUACCUUCAGUCAAUGUCUUUUUAGCAGGAUUUACAUUUAGGUAAUUUUGGGAUUAGGUAGCUCCAACAGCCACUAUUGCCAGAUUUAGUGGAAAUAAAUACACCCAAAAUAGUAUAUGGGCCUAAAUUACUUGAUGGUGUUCGGUAAAACUAUAGCUUUAAAGUAUAUUAUAGAUUUGGUUUGAAUAUUAUGAACAUAUUCAAAGUAAUAUGCCAUCUUUUAUAGUUUAAUUGUGCUAAACUUAGUGUAGUUGGUGAAGACAAAAUGGCCUAGUGAGAGAAUGAUGCUGAGAGAAUGAAGGUAAAAGAAUGAGAAACUCCACUAGAAUAGUUGAGCUGGAUGUAGCUGUUACACAGGGGUAGCACAAGAGACAGAACACAUGUGAUCUGCAUUGCACAAUGAAAUACUGCUGGAUCCGUCCCUUGUGUUGACUCAGUAAAUAUAUUCCCGCUGCACAAUGGAUUAGCGUAAUAAGGCCGUUGGAUUCAGACCAUUACAUCUGAGUUUUCUUCUUACAUUGUAGAUGAUAUGAAUUUAUGUAGACUUCAAUGUUUAAGUUCUAAGCAUUUUUGUAUUUUUAUAUUUGUAUGCAAUUUUUGUUUGCAGUUAAGCCAAUUAUCUUCUCUUUAUUAUAAACAUAAAUGUAAAUCUUA